ACCAUGAGAUUGGGUGGAACAGCUUUUAUCUGAGGUUCUCUAAUCAGGACUUUGACUGUUACUUCUCUCCCCUACCCUCACCCACCUACCCCCACCCCAAGCAAGAGCCCAGAGUAGAUGUCCUUUCGGGCUGCUCUGUGGCUCCAACUUGGCUUUCUCAGCAUCCAGAGAUAUUCUCAGAGGUUCUGCCAAACCCAGUUCAUGGAGGGGACGAAGGCUCCCACACAAGGUCCCCCCACAGCCGACAUAGAGAAUGGUGUCCAUCGAGAGCAGCCCCAACCUGGAGCUGAAUUGGGGGAAACAGUGAUUUCUGAGGGGGCUGUCAGGAUUGUUUUCCCCAACAGCAAUGAAGUAUUUUACAACCCAGUUCAAGAGUUCAACAGAGACUUGACAUGUGCCGUCAUUACAGAGUUCGCUCGGAUGCAGCUCUUGUCCAAAGGAAUUCAGAUUGAGGUGCCAGGUGAGGAGAAGCUUCAGAAGGUGGUUGUGAACCUGGCUGAAUCGGAGGAGGGAAACAUGGAGCCCUGUCCCAGGGACCAGCCCCAGACAGCAGCUGUGGGGAACGUCUGUGAGGAGGGGUUACGAGUGCUGGAAGGCUUGGCAGCAUCAGGCCUACGCUCUAUCCGAUUUGCCAAAGAGGUUCCAGGCCUCCAGGUAGUGAUAGCAAAUGAUGCCUCUGCCCGUGCUGUGGACCUCAUACGAUGCAAUGUCCAGCUAAACAACGUUAGUCACCUGGUUCAGCCUAAUCUAGCUGAUGCUCGCCUAUUGAUGUAUGAGCACCAAAGAGGAUCUCGGCGAUUCGAUGUCAUUGACCUAGACCCCUAUGGAAGCCCAGCCGUAUUUCUAGAUGCUGCAGUGCAGGCUGUGUCUGAAGGAGGCCUACUGUGUGUGACCUGUACUGACAUGGCUGUGAUGGCAGGGAAUAGCAGUGAGACAUGUUAUAGCAAGUAUGGAGCCAUGUCCAUCAAAAGCAAAGCCUGUCAUGAAAUGGCUCUAAGAAUUGUGCUGCAUAGCCUGGACCUUCGGGCCAAUUGCUACCAGCGAUAUAUUGUCCCUCUGCUCAGCAUCAGUGCCGAUUUCUACAUCCGAGUCUUUGUUCGUGUGUACACAGGCCAGGCCAAAGUUAAAGCCUCAGCCAGUAAGCAGGGUUUCGUGUUCCAGUGUGUUGGCUGCGGUUCCUUCCACUUGCAAAGACUGGGCAAGGCAGUGAACAGUGGUAGACGGGUUAAAUUCUCAGCAGCCACAGGCCCCCCAGUGGGGUCUGAGUGUGAGCACUGUGGGCAGCGGCAUCAGCUGGGUGGCCCUCUGUGGGCAGAGCCAAUCCAUGAUCUGGACUUCGUGGGUCAGGUCCUGGCUGCUGUCAGCAGGAACCCUGGGCGUUUCCGCACGUCAGCAAGGAUCCGGGGCGUCCUUAGUAUGGUCACUGAGGAGUUGCCAGAUGUCCCCCUGUAUUACACUCUGGACCAGCUGAGCCGUACCAUCCAUUGCAACACGCCUAAGCUCUUGCAGCUUCGGUCUGCUCUUCUCCACGCUGGCUUCAGAGUGAGCCUUUCUCAUGCCUGCAAAAAUGCUGUGAAGACAGAUGCACCCCCCUCCGAGCUUUGGGACAUCAUGCGCUGCUGGGAGAAGGAGAACCCUGUGAAACGAGAGCGGCUCUCGGAGACCAGCCCGGCCUUCCGAAUCCUCCAGCUUGAGCCCAGGCUGCAGGCAAAUUUUUCCAUCCGGGAUGAUGCCAACCCCAGUUCCCGACAGCAGGGUCUCCAAAGGUUCCAAGCUAAUCCUGAAGCCAACUGGGGGCCAAAGGCCCGAGCCCGCUCAGGGGGAAAGGCCACCCUGGAGCUGGCAGAGAAACGGCAGCAGUUACAAAAUAAGCGGAAGGAACCCAACAAGGAUCAGGGAAUGGAGAAGCUCAAGGCCUUCCCUUGCAAGAAGUUCAAACAGGGCACUUGCCUCUUGGGGAAUGGAUGCUAUUACUCUCACAGCCCUGAGGAGCCCCAGUGCCAGCCUGAGCCCGAGCCCAGCCCAGUGCCCUUGCCUUGAGGGCUUCCCACCCAACACUACCCAUUUUAGAUUCCGAUAAUAAAUACUCCUCUCUCUCCA